CACGCCUGAAACUCUUCCCGCCAUUUCAGAAACCAGCCAACCUCAUGCUUUUCCUCUCCCCAGUUAGGGUUUAAGCAAAUUUUUAGAGUUUGAAACGAUGACGAGAGAAGAAGUUGAAGGUGGAAGGGACGAAAUGGAGAUUGACGGAUGUGAACAAAGGGAAGCGAAUGCGAUUCCCGAGGGAUUUGAUGCUAAUUAUCUCAAAAUUUAUUACGGGAAGCUAUUUCCACAUGCCGAUAUAUAUAAAUGGAUGUCGUACGGAAACGAUGGGAAGCAUCCUGGGUGUGAUCAGUCCUAUUUUGGCAGAAGGGAAUUCUCUUUCACCCUGGAGAAUGACAUUUAUUUGCGAUUCCAGUCUUUCUACGGCGCGUAUGAGCUCGAGAACUCCAUCAGAGAAAACUGUCCUGUUAAAAUCGAUAUCGGGCCUGUUUACAGCGUCGACCCUGCAAAGAGGCGUGCAUAUGCACAAACUGGUGAUAAUGUUUUCACUCCGGUGGAAAGGGAGCUAAUUUUCGAUAUAGAUAUAACAGAUUACGAUGAUGUUAGAUACUGCUGCUCUGGGGCCGAUGUUUGCUUUGCAUGCUGGCCACUGAUGACAAUAGCUAUCAAAGUUAUUGAUACUUCCCUCAGAGAUGAUUUUGGUUUCAAUCACAUUCUGUGGGUGUAUAGUGGGAGACGUGGUGUUCAUUGCUGGGUUUGUGAUGGGAAAGCAAGAAGGUUGACUAAUGAACAGAGGGGAGCUAUUGCUGACUAUUUCCGCGUUUACAAGGGAAAUGAGAAUAGUCAUAAAAAAGUGUCGUUAACUGGACAUGCUCUUCAUCCGUUCCUUGCGAGAUCAUACACCGAAGUUCUGAGGAACUUCUUUGAGCUGAAGCUGCUUCCAAGUCAAAAUUUAUUUUCAACCGAGGAGAGAUACGAAAAGAUCUUGGACAUGAUUCACGACGAAUCUGUUAAAUCUGAGCUUCGUGGGAAGUGGCAGGAGAAUAGGCGCUCUACCUCAAAAGAAGACAUUAAUGUUAUUCGAUGGGAGCAGCUGAAAAUUUUGCUGCAAUCAGGAAAACAGAAGGGACAAGGGCUGCGGAGGGGCAUCGAAGAGAUUGUUUUUUCUUAUACCUACCCUCGCCUUGACAUGGAGGUUUCAAAACACAUGAAUCACUUGCUAAAGGCACCGUUCUGUGUACAUCCAAAAACAGGUCAUGUUUGCGUUCCAAUUGAUCCAAAAAAAUGUGAGGAGUUUGAUCCUACUACGGUACCAACUCUUUCCAAGCUUUUACAAGAACUUAACAUGGAAGGGGCGAAAUCAGAGGUCGAGAAUGAUUGGGACAAAACCUCGCUCGGAAAAUCAAUCAGGUUCUUCAGAACAUCGUUCUUGCAGCCACUACUGAAAUCUUGCAAGGAGGAGAUAGAAAGUUCCUACAAGACAAAACUUCAGCAUUCAAAGAACUCCAUCAAUUGGUAGAGCUUUCCUCGUUAUUUUAUUACAAGAGACACUCCAGUUCUCAAAGUCCGGAUGCACUUUCAGUGUAAUUUCAUAUGAAGAAACAUAUUCUGCAGCUACUGAUAUGAUUGUAUAUCCCCAACCCCAACUUUUUUUUUUUUUUUUAAAUGAAAGUUGUAUGACGAAUUGUUGUGACAAUACAUUUUUAGUAUUCAAGCAGUCUGACCUGAUG